CUCUGUUGCCGCCUGUUGUCCUUGGAGAGGCGACUUCCGACUACUUUCAUCCAAAGGCGAAGACUGCCAAAAAUCUCCAAGGCUUAUCUUCCUCCAUCAAAUUUCUCUUCUGGAAUCAACUCUUUUCCUCUCAUCAACUUCCUCAUCUUCCCUGUUGCGCAAAUACCCUCCUUCCGCAACACCCGCCACGUCGCACAGCCCACUCUCUCUACUAGUCGACCCCGCCGAUUCCCGCAGCUCGCGAUCAGGCCAACAAGAUGUCUCCGGAGCCCACACCCGAUCAUCCUGCGCACAAGAAGAAGGUCAACUUGACCGACGCCUCUGGCGCUGAGCGCAAGGAAGAAGAUGACACAGCGACCGCCAUCCUCAAGAAGAAGAAGAAGCCUAACCAGUUGAUGGUGACCGAUGCCGUCAACGAUGACAACUCGAUCAUCGCCCUCUCUAACAACACCAUGGAGGCCCUCCAGCUGUUCCGUGGUGACACAGUGUUGGUCCGCGGCAAGAAGAGGAAGGACACCGUUCUGAUUGUCCUCGCCGACGACGAUCUGGAUGACGGGAGCGCCCGCAUCAACCGCGUCGUCCGCCACAACCUGCGGGUCAAGCACGGCGACAUCAUCACCAUCCAUCCUUGCCCGGAUAUCAAAUAUGCCAAGCGCAUCGCCGUCCUUCCCAUCGCCGAUACCGUUGAAGGCCUCACCGGGUCUCUGUUUGAUGUCUUCCUCGCUCCGUACUUCCGAGAAGCCUACCGUCCCGUUAGGCAAGGCGACCUCUUCAUCGUUCGUGGUGGCAUGAGGCAAGUGGAGUUCAAGGUUGUCGAGGUCGACCCGCCCGAGUACGGCAUCGUGGCUCAGGAUACGGUCAUCCACUGUGAAGGCGAGCCCAUCCAGCGCGAUGAGGAGGAGAACAACCUGAACGAGGUCGGCUACGAUGAUAUCGGCGGUUGCCGCAAGCAGAUGGCUCAGAUCCGUGAAAUGGUCGAGCUGCCACUGCGGCAUCCUCAGCUAUUCAAGUCCAUCGGUAUCAAGCCCCCUCGCGGUGUGCUGCUCUACGGGCCUCCGGGUACCGGUAAGACACUGAUGGCUCGUGCCGUUGCCAACGAGACCGGCGCUUUCUUCUUCUUGAUCAACGGCCCCGAGAUUAUGUCCAAGAUGGCCGGUGAAUCCGAGUCCAACCUCAGGAAAGCGUUCGAGGAGGCCGAGAAGAACUCGCCUGCCAUUAUCUUCAUUGACGAAAUUGAUUCCAUCGCUCCCAAGCGCGAGAAGACGAACGGCGAGGUUGAGCGCCGUGUCGUGUCUCAGCUGCUCACCCUCAUGGACGGCAUGAAGGCGCGGUCUAACGUCGUCGUCAUGGCCGCGACUAACAGGCCCAACUCUAUCGACCCAGCUCUGCGUCGCUUCGGUCGUUUCGACCGUGAAGUCGACAUCGGCAUUCCCGACCCCACUGGCCGUCUUGAGAUCCUGCAGAUCCACACCAAGAAUAUGAAGCUGGCCGAUGACGUCGAUCUUGAGCAGAUUGCUGCCGAGACACACGGCUAUGUCGGCUCUGAUCUUGCUGCUCUCUGUUCCGAAGCGGCCAUGCAGCAGAUUCGCGAGAAGAUGGAUCUCAUCGACCUCGACGAGGACACCAUUGAUGCCGAGGUUCUCGACUCGCUUGGUGUCACCAUGGAGAACUUCCGUUUCGCCCUCGGCGUGUCGAACCCCUCGGCUCUCCGCGAGGUUGCCGUCGUCGAAGUUCCCAACGUCCGCUGGGAGGAUAUUGGCGGCCUCGAGAGUGUCAAGCAGGAACUCAAGGAGAACGUCCAGUACCCCGUCGACCAUCCAGAGAAGUUCCUCAAGUUUGGCCUCUCGCCGUCCCGUGGUGUGCUCUUCUAUGGUCCCCCCGGUACGGGUAAGACGAUGUUGGCCAAGGCUGUUGCCAACGAGUGCGCUGCCAACUUCAUCUCCGUCAAGGGCCCCGAACUGCUGUCCAUGUGGUUCGGCGAGUCGGAGAGCAACAUCCGUGACAUUUUCGACAAGGCGCGCGCUGCUGCCCCCUGCGUUGUCUUCCUCGACGAGUUGGACUCCAUCGCCAAAGCCCGUGGUGGCUCUGUUGGCGACGCUGGCGGUGCCUCUGACCGUGUCGUCAACCAGCUCCUGACUGAAAUGGACGGCAUGACUUCGAAGAAGAAUGUCUUCGUCAUCGGCGCCACCAACCGGCCGGAGCAGCUUGACCCUGCCCUGUGCCGUCCCGGCCGUCUUGACUCGCUCAUCUACGUGCCUCUGCCCGACGAAGCUGGCCGUUUGAGCAUUCUCAAGGCUCAGCUGCGCAAGACGCCCGUUGCCGCUGACGUCGACCUCGCCUACAUCGCGUCGAAGACUCACGGUUUCUCCGGUGCCGAUCUUGGUUUCAUCACCCAGCGCGCUGUCAAGCUGGCCAUCAAGGAGUCCAUCUCGCUCGAGAUCCAGCGGAACAAGGAACGUGAGGCUGCCGGCGAGGACGUCGACAUGGAGGACGAGGAGGACCCGGUUCCGGAGCUCACCAAGCGCCACUUCGAGGAAGCCAUGCGGGACGCCCGCCGCUCGGUUACCGACGUUGAGAUCCGCCGUUACGAGGCGUUUGCCCAGCAGAUGAAGAACGCUGGUCCCGGCGCCUACUUCAAGUUUCCCGAGGGCGGCAUUGAGGGCGGCAACGCCGGCAGCUCGGGCGCCGGUAACUCGUUUGGCGAUGCCGGGAACGACGACGGUCUCUACGAUUAAACGGCCAAGCAGGCGUUUAGAGAUUCUAUCUGGGCUCCGGGGUCUUGUGUAUUCUAUCUAGCUCUUUUCCUUUCAUCGAUCUGGGAAUCAUGAGACCAUGAAGAGUCAGAAGCGUCUCUCACGCGCCUGCUCAUCAUCCAUGACGGUCGUGGGCUCGCAUUGAUGUUCUAGCCUUGCUUCCCU